AUGGGCACUGUGAUUCUUCGCUCCCACGACUGCUUUCAGGGCCGGCUUCGACAUGAAGCCCUGGCCCUAACCCCUCCUCUCAAAACUCGCCGAAACCCUAACCCUAACCCUACCACCAGGCGAAAGCGAAGUCCGGCGGGGAUCCAAACCAAUCUACAGGACCGAGAUCGGAGAGAUCGGUCCGUGGUGGCUAGGGUUGCGGCCAAAAACCUGGUCAUGGGCCAGGUCAAGAUACUGAAGCGCGGCGAGAAGUUGGGCCAGACGAGGAAUGGUUGUAAUAGCAACAAGGAAGAAGAUUUGGAUUUGGUUUUGGGAUCCACGGACCGCCUCGGUCCGGACCCGGAUACUGUGAAGAAGCAGAUCAAAGUUGCGGAGUUCAAGGUCGUCGACGGAAUCUACGCCGGAUCGGCCUUCGUAACGUCGCCACCACCGAGUUCGGUUCCGGUGCCGGGGUUCCUGGGGAAGAAGCACGGCUCGGCCACCAGCGAUUUGCGACGGUUGUUGCGACUCGAUUCGGUCUGA